GGACCUCAGCUUCCCAACCAGGUGCUGGUUACGUUCUCUCAGGCUCCCCAUCAUAAAUCUUAUAUCAUCCAGGCUUAUACUUUUUUCAUUAUAUACAAAUCUAUAAUUAUUCCUUAAUGGGGCGCUGGAGGAGUUUAAAACAUGCAAAGUGAUUGGUUCUAACUUUUUAAACACCUUACUUUCUGACAAUUGUUCAUAAUUUAAGCUUUAUGAUUGUUUAGCUAAGCAAGCAGUAAGACGGUGAACCAUCAGACUUUUUCAGUACAUCUACAAAUAGAAUUUUCUUGUACAUUGCUUUAAAAAAAACGUGUUGAAGAUCAUUUAAUAUAUUUUUUUUUUGCUGUGGAGACCGUUUUUGUUGUAGCAGCUGCUUCCAGCUAGCUUAACGGCUACGCUCGUUAGCCACAGCUGUAGCUAAUGAGUGCCGCCGUUUGUAACACCAUUCAUCCUAAUUACACUUCGCAGCAGUUUUUAUCAUCUCAAAAAGAUGAUCCAAGAAGACUCCCACCAGAACUAAAGGCUUCUGCGUCCUCUGUUACAGGAACUCCUCGCUGCAGUAAGCCUGGACGAUGUCCCCAUGCUAGUACCAAGACCAGGUAAAGCUUGAACUUCAGCAGGUCGUCCUUACCACAUGUACAUGACUACAUGCUGCCGUGUGAUUGGCUGGGUGGAUGUUUGUGUUGACGAGCAGGUGAACAGGUGGAGCUGGUAACGUGGAAGGCAGUGAGUGGAAGUGGGUGAAAGGAGUAUGUGGGAGGUGGUUGGAGGGUUGACACAGCAGCACGAGUGUCACAUCAUCCAUCAGUCUGCCACAGGCUGUCGCCCAGCUCCUAGAGAUGCUGUCGACCUGUAAACAAGAGCAGCGCCGGCUUGUUGGGGCAGCAUGAGCACAGACGUGAACAGCCAUCUGGAAAAGAAAGUCUGGGAAAAACCUUCAACCUGAAGAUAUUGUCUGAGUGAGCACGGGGACAUUUGAGAAGACAUUGAGGGCAAAGAGCCUCCUCAGCAAAAGCAGAAGUUGCCUGAAGCCCUUCCUGAGAUUGUGAAGAGGACCCAGGAAAGACAGCGUGCUGCCAGCAUCUGCCUGGCUGCCCAGCAUCGCCCCGAUGAGCGAGAGUCGCAGGGAAGCGCUGGCGGCGGCGGCCCCCGAGCCCACCACCGCCUCCUCCUCCAUGGCUGGAUCCAACACCACCAACAUGGCCGGCCCAGGCGCAAAAGAGACGGAUGAGGCUUUUUCCAAGCUGAAGAACAGGUUCAUGAACGAGCUGAACAAAAUUCCACUGCCAUCAUGGGCCAUUGUUUCCAUCGCCUUUGUGGCCAUCAUCCUGGUGUUAGCCUGCUGCUUCUGCAUCUGCAAGAAGUGGAUUUUCAAAAAGAAAAACAAAAAGAAGGGAAAGGACAAGGGCAAAAAUGCCAUCAACAUGAAGGACGUGAAAGAUGGAGCUAAAACCGAGGCCUUGAAGGAUGAGGAGGAUGCGGAGACAGGGCUGACUGAAAUCGAGAAAGAGGCCGAGCCCAAGGAGGACCAGAAACUUGGCAAAUUACAAUACUCCCUGGAUUACAAUUUCACCGAAAAUACGCUUAUUGUUGGGAUCAUUCAGGCAGCAGAGCUGCCUGCUAUGGACAUGGGUGGCACAUCUGACCCUUACGUAAAGGUCUACCUGCUCCCGGACAAGAAGAAGAAGUUUGAGACCAAGGUUCAUAGGAAAACCCUUAACCCCGUCUUCAAUGAGCAGUUCACCUUCAAGGUUCCCUAUGUGGAGCUCGGUGGGAAGACGCUGGUGAUGACGGUGUACGAUUUCGACCGCUUCUCCAAGCACGACGCCAUUGGCGACAUCAAGGUGCCAAUGAACAAGGUGGACUUCAGCCACAUAACAGAGGAGUGGCGGGAUCUGCAGAGCGCUGAGAAGGAGGAGCAAGAGAAGCUGGGUGAUAUCUGCUUCUCCCUGCGAUACGUCCCCACUGCCGGCAAGCUGACUGUGGUCGUCCUUGAGGCCAAAAACCUGAAGAAAAUGGAUGUGGGUGGCUUGUCAGAUCCAUACGUGAAGAUCCACCUGAUGCAGAACGGCAAGAGGCUGAAAAAGAAGAAGACGACAAUCAAGAAGAACACCCUCAACCCUUACUACAACGAGUCCUUUAGCUUUGAAGUCCCAUUUGAACAAAUCCAGAAAGUGCAAAUUGUUAUAACUGUUCUGGACUAUGACAAGAUCGGCAAGAACGAUGCCAUCGGCAAGGUCUUUGUGGGGCUCAACAGCUCUGGGACGGAGCUGCGCCACUGGUCUGACAUGCUGGCCAACCCCAGGAGACCCAUCGCUCAGUGGCACGUGCUGAAGCCCGAGGAGGAAGUGGACGCUCAGCUCUCCACCAAGAAAUAGACAGGGCCCUUUUAGCACCUGCCUUGUAGUACUCUUUAGCCAGUAUGUGUAAAUACCUCGGUGAUAUAUGGGUCCAACCAUUUAAGCUCAGCCUCUAUUCCUGAUAUCAACCUCCUGAUUUUCCACGUCGAUUGUUCCGAGCCUCACGACAUUCCGCUUUUUAUCUGUCAGGUUUUUCUUUCUCUUCCUCUCUGAUUUAGCAACUGCUGAUUUUCCAUCUCUGAGCCCUUAACUGCCACGACCAAAUGCCCCCUUCUUUUAAGCAAUAUGAUCUGUAUAGAUAGCGCAUGACUGAAAGAAUUUAUUGUACCACAGUUGUAUAUAUAAGUAUGCAGACAAAAAUUAUUUCUAGUUUGUGUGUUUGUAUGUUGUUACCCGUUUCCUAAUCUGUGUAUAUCUUGAUGUUUUUAAUAAGAUGUUCUAUUUUAAAUUAUGUAAAUGCAGAUAUAGAGGAAAGCCAAUAUUAUAUAUAUCCCAGGAUUUAAAAAUUCUACCUUAUUACCUUAUUGCAUUCCAGAAAAAAAAAGAAAAAAAGAGGAAUUCCAACCUGCAAGAUGCUAGUAAGACUAUCACAUCGUAAAGGACGACAUCUGGCUUUAAGUUUAGCAAAAACAUCAUCGCAGGAAAGACAAACAGAUUAUUAUAUUCACACAAAACUCCAGAAAUACAAGGCCAUUAACUACUAUGGUUCUGUGGAAAAAUUAUGCUGCUGAAUAUUCUACAAGCACAUGAUUUCUUACAAUGUUUUCUACUUAAUGUUGAGGAUGUGCAGUGUGUGUUUAGCUGGGAAAAAAAUUAAUGUUCAGCUUCUGCUGGCUCAUUUCCUAAAAUGAACACAAAAUUGAGUCCUAACUCUGAAGAAAUCAACCCUACGUGGUAAAAAAAAGAAGCACUUAGCUGUAGCCGUUGUGUCCUUAAACUCGUCUGAAGAUAUUUAGUUUAAACGGCCUCGUCGUCACAUUCAGGCCAGAGUUUGAGAGGAAAUUGCAACUUUAAAACAAAGAGGGAGCACUAAUUUUAAGACUUUUUUUUAGAGCAAAUUAGCAUUUUGAGUAUUUUUAGUGAACUGCAUGAUUUUUUUUUUUACAAUCUUUUCUGAAAGGCUGGGACAGGGCUGCUCUGUGACACCAGGGGAAGGAAGCGCUGCUGACACAAUCCCCUUGCCUUCAUUCAGAGAAGACAAAAACCAAGUUAAACUUUAGGUCAGCGUAACGUUGACGGAGGUGAGUCGAGUUUUAAACACUGCCAUUUAUCAGGGAGGUGACGUGUGUGGAGAGCCUCUCUUCAUGCAUACUCCCGCGUACCGGUGGUUGUAGCUUUCGUGUAUUGGGAACAAUGUCUUUGGCUGCAGUGGUGCCCUGAAUCGCAGUCUUUGCUUUGCGUUGCCUUCUCACAGUGACAAUAGAGCUAGCCAUGUUUUACUGCCAGUUUAAACUCUUAUGUGGCUGCUGUUUUGCACUGGAUGUCGUUGAACUUGCUCAUUGACUUCUUUAGGAAACAUUUUGUGGAUGUUUGUUUCAGGACACCUGCAGGGGGAGCCAGAGAUGAACACCUGUCCUUCCGCUUUGUUUUCUUGUUGGCAUUGACAACUGGGGGUGUAAAUCAUGAGUAAGAUCAUGUUAUGAUAUAUUGAUUCAAUGGAUAACGAUUCAAUGUUUGCUAAUAUCACAUGUUCUGAUUUUCUGAUUCUGAUUACACAUCUCACCACAAACUGUAUCAGUCUUGAAGUCCACAAGGUCCAAGAAGCGUAAACCAGUUUUUAUCUCUGAUCUGGGAUGCAAAAAACAGGUCAAAGAACUUUAGUUCUCCUUAUCUUGGAUAUUUAUGUGCUACCUUUUUAUUUAGAGGAAUUUUGGGUUUAGCUGCUCAGUUCUAACAAUCAGCCCCUUCUGGAGUUUGCAGUGUUGCAAUCGUAACUAUGAAUGCAAAUUCAGCCAGUCCUUCUAAAACAUGCAUAUCCUUACAAUUUAGUCCAGUCGCUGCAAUAUUAAUGCAACUUUUACAAACCGCAGCGCUGCUCCGUGCUACCUGAUAUACAGUGGAUAUAACAAGUCUACACACCCCUGUCCAAAUGCCAGGUUUUCGUGAUGUAAAAAAUGACAGCAAGACAAAUAAUUUCACAACUAUUUCCACCUUUCAUGUGACCUAUAACCUGUACAUUGCAAUUGAAAAACAAACUGAAAACUUUAAAGAGGAGAAUAUCAAAUAAACUUAAAAUAACCUGCUUGCAUAAAUAUGCACACUCUUAAACUAAUAUUGUUGCAGCACCUUUGGCUUUUAUUACAGCACAGUCUUGAUGUGGGAAUAUUUGC